GUGCAGUACACAGUGCCGAGUCUGCCGGAAAGAAGAAGAAGAAGAAACAGGAAAGCAGGAAAGUCGAGGCGCCAAAAACCAAACGAUUGUCCAGGUGAGAGUAGAUGUAAACAAACGAUUGUUUCUGUGGCGUCACGAUCCUCGGGAGAAGCUCAGGCUGGUGCGCGAACAUGGAGCCGACGGAGCGGUUCUUCUCCAAACUCCGGAAGCUGGCGGUGACUCUGGAGUCGGAAACCUCCAAACUCCAGCAGUCUUUCGAAAACCGCGAGAAGAACGACGCUGACAGCGAAGCCACCGCCAAGGCGAUGCGAGCGUUCCACGAACUGAACUGCGACGUCGGGAACCUGAAGGCGCAGGUCCAGGAUCAGCUGACUCAACAGAAAGCGCAGGAGAAUGAGGUGAGCAGCUUCAUCCAGGCCUGCAGGGUGAUGGAGCAGAGGGUCAGUCAGGACAUCCAGACUCUGAAGCAACACUGGGAAAAUUACGGCUAUGAGGGUCCCAGAGAUGCCCAGAGACCAACCAAAGACAAACACCAAGAGUCAGAUACUGAAGAAGUAGCAGAUGAAAGUGAAACUAAGUCAGCAGAGGAAGAAGACGACGACGACGAAGAGGGAAGCCAGGAGGAUGCUGGAGAUGAUCAGGCCUCAUCAUUUCCGACAAUGGGGCCGCCGCCCUUCACUGACGUGAUGCGUACCCCGCAGCUCUCUGACUUUGGUCUGUCUGAGAUGCUGCUGAAGAGAGGUCUAGCCGGGGCCGAGUGGUGCUCUGAAGUGCCCCCCAUGCCUGAGAUGAGCCUCCGUCACCCCACACUCAACACGCCUACACCACCGCCCAUGCCUUUAACACCCAAGCGUGCCCUGCGGAUGGAUGACACCGAGCUUCAGAGUCCUCAGAUGCACGACUUUGGCAUCUCCGAGCACACGAUAUGUCUGUACAAUGACUUCACGAUGAAUCUGAUCCAGAAGAACAUUGAGAAGCCUCAAAGAUCAUUACAAGACAAACCUGUGCCAACGGUGGAAUCUCUAAAGGAGAGUUUACACACUAAAGCAGAAACCUUGGAGUCCCCAGAACCGCCUGUGUUUAGCACCCAGGGGUUCAAAAUCAAAAAGACAAACAAACCAACAUCGAACAGCUCCCCUCCAGCAGCAGCAGCCAGUGGUGACCCAGAAUCCCCCCCUCGCCCGGGCCCACUGUGUACUACCCCUGAGGUUCCUGCUUUUCAAACGCCUUAUCUGAGCCGACUUGUGAGCACAAAGAAGAGCGCAAAGCAGUCUGAGCCUAUCAGCAUGCAAGCUGAUGAUGACGUCCGCAUGUCCAAACUUCUGACGCCAUCUCAUAAAACAGCAACCGGCUCCAAACGCAUGUGGGAGUACAAUGUGCCAGAGACAUCCAUCAUGGGUAUGGAGGACAAGGAAAUGCCAGAGAUGCCGAACCUGGAAUCUCUUUUGGGGAAAUCGCUACAAAAUAGAAGUGCAAAAAUCCCAAAGAAGACGAGUGUGCAUGAACAGGUGACGGAGGAGUUCGCUGUUAACAGACCGGAGCUGGACGAUCCCACUCAGGACUUCAGCUUGGGGACACCUCGCAUCAGGAGGGACUAUCAGGAGCCGAGCACCCCUGAGAUGCCCGACCUCAGCUCCGUAACACAGGACAUCUGUAAACUUGUGUCCCAGACUCAGUUGAAAAAGACAGAAGUGGCAGUUGUGCAACCAAAUGUCAGGACAGAGAAACAUAAAAACAGUGCUCCGAGUCUGUCUGCGGUGUCAGAGAGCGAGUUCCAGAGUUUACCACGCUACAUGAGGCAGAUGACUCUGUCCAACCUCAACCAGGUCGUCCACAACAUCAACAAGUUCACUGCAGAGUUUCCAGGAGAAAAGACGGAGCUGAAUUUGGAGGAGCUGAAGAGGAUCACCAACGUAGGGACCAAGACGCCCGUGUUCGUCCUGUGUCUCACCGAGCUCAAGAGGCUGCAGCACAUGGGGGGAGCCAAGAACAACGCUGUGUACAAACUCAGCGCACAGAACUAACUGUUGCUUGGAGCUGAAAUCCAGUGUUAUCUCAACUCGUAAAACGCUGCUCAUACAAGUUGUAGCUGCUGGUUUUUGGUUUUCUUCAUUUGCACUUCUAUGACUUAAUGUUUCUAAAUAUAAAUUGGCUUGUAUUUAAUAAAUCCUAAUGUUUCUGAA